AUGAGCGGUAGUCCUAUUCGAUGCAAUGCUACUGCACUAGCUGACUUGAUUCACCGCGACAAUCUUUCCACUUCAGACAUCGAUGAAGAACGAUUCGUCGUGGUGCCAGUCGUGGAGCUGCCACUCAGUUACAAUGCCUUAAAUUCAUCGGAAAUGCUUUAUCUAGAUGGAACAAAUCAGAUACUGCUGCGGUAUAGUAAUGGCAUGACAAUGAUUUUUGAUGCAACAUUUGAAAAUACAUCACCUCUUGCCACAUAUCGUUUAAAUCCGAAUGCCCGAAUAAUUUACAAUAAAAAUAACGGUACGUUGGCAAUCGCGGAUUCCAAAAUGCUUUGUUUGCGUCAGAGUUUUGGUGGUACAUUUCUUCUUAAGACUGCACUGAAGAGGCCGUCAAACAAGACUGUUUCCGUUGAAUUACCAUUAGAUGAGGCUACGAAAUUUCUGCAGAUAAUCACAAAUGAUCCUGAUUCAGAAGAUAUUCUGAAACAACGGCCUGCUCUGUGUAAAUUUACAUCACAGUUGCGCACUGUAGUCAAGAACUUGUCCACUAACACUAUGGAAUCUGUAGUAGUAGAAACAAACGGCAAAGAAUUGCUUGAGCAACUACGGCCUCUGAAGACUCCUGGGGAAAGCAGUAGUACGGAAGUACCACCGGAAUGGUUGACUUUCAUCUGGCCUUAUAUUUCAAUACUUGUAGAACGUGUGCGGCUGAUAUUAAACCCAGAUCAUCCGUAUAAUUUCGACUACUCACCGGAGUGGAAAGGUCUGAAUAAAGAUAUGAUGGCAAGUGAAGCAGCCCGUCGACUCACAUUUCAAAACUGGCCUCAUAUGGAAUACAGGUGGGCUCUACCAUGUCAGAUGGCAGAGGCAGGAUUUUAUCACCAACCAAACAGUGCUGGCGAUGAUCGGGUUCUUUGCUUCUCUUGUUUUGUUUGUUUGGUGUGUUGGGAACCAUCAGAUGAACCUUGGUAA